AUUUUAGAGGAAACAUAACGGACGAAAUGUUAAAGAGAAGUGACGAGAUAGAAAGGAGAGAAGGAUCCUUCAAGAAAUUAUUUGAGCAGACAAGAACAAACCUCACGAGUGACAUGGAAGCUAAAAGAGAAGAACUUACUCAACUUCAAGGAAAACUUGAACGACCUUCGAUCGCUUUCCAUGCACAUCACGUGGCAGAUUUGGUUCUUGAUACUACAGAUGAGAUUAUUAUAUUUUCGAAAAGUCUGAUAAACGAGGGAACAGGCUACGACACUUCUACUGGACUUUUCACAGCACCAGUUGGAGGACUGUACCAGUUUUCUGUGCAUACAUGUGUUUAUAUAGGAGAGUAUGCUUUUAUUGGUCUAGUGUUAGAAGGUAAAGUUAUUGCAGCUGAUAUGAACUAUGGAAAUGCUCAAUACCCAUGUAGUGCGUUUGCAGCAAUAGCGAGGGUUAAAUCAGGAGAAAAAGUUUGGGUCAAAUCAACAUCGUCAGGUUCCAACCGCCAGCUUUUCCAAAACUCAGAAAGGAUGAUCACUUUUAGUGGCAUGCUUGUCAAUAACUGAAUAAAUAACAAUGAACAUUGAUAUCAGUAAAAACCAUAUUUAUAUAUUUGUACAAACAUAUUUUCGUGUAAAUUGUUUCAAUCUAUUAAGACUAAAUAUAACAAAAAAGUUUUUUUUUGUGAAAUAAGUAGAAACCCUCUGUUGUAUCUAUAAUAUAUCUAGAUGUUAUGAAGACUAUUAAUCAUGUUGUGUUCACUGUGUUUGUUCUUGAAAGCCGAAGUGUCUAGCCUUAAUAUUUAACAAGAUUUCCUUCUUCUGAAAAAUGUUUAGGUGAAUCAAUUAAUACUGCUGUCAUCAAAUCUAAAAUUAUUUUUAUUAAAUACGAUAUACAACAACGACGUCAGGAUUUCAAGGAAAUAAUUUAUGAUGUACUUUCAGUUUUAACUAGGCUUACUUUACAUAUUUGGCUUUUUGAUUAUGACUAAAUAUAUCAAAAUUUGUAUAUAUUUACAUACAAUGAUUAUCGUAUGACGAUAUUUUUAUUACAAAUCUUAGAAAAGAUAUUGUAUUUUGCCAUGUUUAUCAGAAUACACAUAUAACAAUACACAUAGUAAGUAAGUAAUUUAUUUAUUAUAGUGACAUGUGUAAACAUAUUUUACAAAUUCAAAUAAUACAACAUAUUAAAUACACCCGGCCCAAUAGGCCUAUAAGACACCUUCAAUAAACAUGAAAUAUUUACAUAAAGUCAUAAAUAAAUAUAUUAACAAAUUCAUUUGUAAAAAAUCGUAGCUAUAACUAUAAAUUUAUC